GAUUGCGGAAGUAUAUGCCUAUCCUGGGGGCCUGGUCUGGAGCCACGAAUCGCUCAGUCAUUCGGGAGCGUGGCCUCCCCCUUCCUCUGCGCACCACCGGAAGCUGACGCAAAGUUGCACGCUUUGCUCUGUUCUUGGUCGCUGUCUUGUGCUUUUUCGUUCUUCAAACCAAGUUCAUCACCCGGGGUACUGGACGGACAUCUGAAGACAUGGCCGAGGAACUCUCGAAAGGUGCGGAUAGCCUCUCAGUGGGUGAGCUGUACGUCUCCGACAAACAGGGCAGCGACCAGGACGGAGAUGGAUCAGAACAGAAGCCCUUCAAAACCCCUCUGAAGGCGCUGUCCUCCGUGGGGCAGGGGCCGCUGCCCACCCUCUACGUGGACUCUCAGACAGAGGGAGAGCGCUGGGCGGUGAUCUCCAAGACCCAGAUGAAGAAUGCUAAGAAGGCGUUGAGCAGAGAUCAGGCAAAGUCGGCCUGCAAAGACCUGAAGGAGGCGGAGGACACCGACAGGAGAGAGAAGAACCUGGAGGACGCCAAGAAGAUCGUGGUGAAGCAGGAUACCAGCCUUCCGGCGCCCACUACCGCCAAGAUCCACCAGCUGGAGUCCCUGAGAGGCCAGAGAGUGAAGGUGUUUGGCUGGGUGCACCGGCUCAGGAGGCAGGGAAAGAACCUGCUGUUCAUUGUGCUCAGGGACGGGACUGGCUUCCUGCAGUGUGUCCUCACUGACAAACUGUGUCAGUGCUACAACGCUGUGGUCCUGUCCACUGAGAGCACCGUGGCCCUCUAUGGAACCGUCACCCCCGUCCCCGAGGGCAAACAGGCGCCCGGCGGCCACGAGCUGCUGUGUGACUUCUUUGAGCUGAUUGGCCUGGCCCCGGCGGGCGGGGCCGACAACCUGGUGAACGAGGAGUCUGACGUGGACGUGCAGCUCAACAACCGGCACAUGAUGCUGAGGGGCGAGAGCAUCUCCAAGAUCCUGCGUGUGCGGUCCACCGUCGUGCAGUGCUUCAGGGACCACUUCUUCAGCAAGGGCUACUGCGAGAUCACCCCACCCACCCUGGUGCAGACCCAGGUGGAGGGCGGCUCCACCCUCUUCAAAUUCAACUACUUUGGGGAGGAGGCCUACCUGACCCAGUCCUCCCAGCUCUACCUGGAGACCUGCAUCCCUGCCCUGGGGGACACCUUCUGUAUCUCCCAGUCCUACCGUGCCGAGCAGUCCCGCACCCGCAGACACCUGGCCGAGUACACCCACGUGGAGGCCGAGUGCCCCUUCAUGGACUUCGACGACCUGCUGUGUCGUCUGGAGGACCUGGUGUGUGGCGUGGUCGACCGCGUCCUCAAGUCCCCGGCGGCCCAGCUGCUGUACGACCUCAACCCUGACUUCAAGGUUCCCAAGAGGCCCUUCAAGAGGAUGCAGUACACGGAGGCCAUCGCCUGGCUCAAAGAGCACGACGUCAAGAAGGAGGACGGCUCCUACUACGAGUUUGGAGAGGACAUCCCAGAAGCCCCGGAGAGGCUGAUGACCGACGCCAUCGGCGAGACCAUCCUGCUGUGUCGCUUCCCAGCCGAGAUCAAGUCCUUCUACAUGAUGCGCUGCCCGGAGGACCGCCGCCUCACCGAGUCGGUGGACGUCCUGAUGCCGAACGUGGGAGAGAUCGUUGGAGGCUCCAUGCGUAUCUGGGAUUCUGAGGAGCUUCUGGAGGGCUACAAGAGAGAGGGCAUCGACCCCACGCCCUACUACUGGUACACAGACCAGAGGAAGUACGGCUCCUGUCCCCAUGGGGGGUACGGCCUGGGCCUGGAGCGGUUCCUCACCUGGCUGCUGAACCGCCACCACAUCAGAGAUGUGUGCCUGUACCCCCGCUUCAUCUCGCGCUGCAGGCCCUGAACACACACGCACACGCACAAGCACGGACACUAGCACACGCAAAGAAACUAACACACACGCACAGACACUAAUACACACACGCACACAGCAACACGCACGCACACACACACACACAGACAGACACAAACACACACACACACUCUUGCCCCUGCUCUAGCUUAACCAACAGUCCAUAAAAGUGUUGUGUGCUGUGAUAGCGUUUCUGUGCUGCUUUCCUAUUGGGUGGAAAAUAAAAAUACUCUUACUCUG